GCGGUGUAUCAUCAACAACUUGAACUACGGGGUACCUGUAGGUAGUUAUCAGCUGAUAUGAAUUCGACUUCAUUUUAUGAUACAGUACGUCUUCUGAAGAGCGUGUCUGUGAGAAAAGUGUCUGUUCACCUGAGACCUCCAAGUGGCUGUGUUGAUAUACCACCACUCCGUUGACCUCAGUUGAAAUUGUGUCUUGCCUACCCGGCUCACGCCGCAAUAAUAAUAUCUCCAUAUCCGUAUCAAUAUCAAUAUCCUUCCGAACCUUGAACGUCAAAUGUCUCCAUCAUCAAAUCCCGUCGUCUUCGCUACCGUCCUUUUCGGUCUGGCAAACUCUUUCAUUCCAUGUGUUUCGGCAGCAAAAAAGACAGAGCAGACGCUGAUCGGAGACACCGGACAUGGACACAAAGGACUCGAUAUCCCGUCUAUUGGACUUGGAUUGUGGAACUCGAAAGAUGAAGAGGCGACACACGCUGUUGAAUAUGCUUUUGCCGCCGGGUACAGACAUCUAGAUUCGGCGGCAGCGUAUGGUAACGAAGCCUACGUCGGCCGCGCCCUAUCAAAACACAAGGGCAAAUCCUCAUCCUUGUCCUCCUCAUCACCACCACCACCACCCAGGGCUCAAUACUGGGUAACUUCGAAACUCUGGAACACCGACCACCGCCCCCAACGAGUCGAACCCGCCCUCGACAGGACUCUUUCCGACCUCUCGAUCCCGUAUCUUGACUUAUAUCUAAUGCACUGGCCCGUCGCAUUCCUUCCAGACGCACCGCCAGGCCGCACAAUCGUCGACCAGGACAUCGACAUCCUGACCACCUGGCGGGCCAUGGAAGAUCUAGUCCGCACCAACAAGACACGCUACAUCGGCGUAUCCAACUUCAGCCCACGCCAACUCGACACGAUUCUGAAAAACUGUAAUAUCAAACCGUACGCCCACGAAUUCGAAACUCACCCGUACCUCCAGCAACAGGAGUUCGUCGACUGGCAUGCCAAACACGACAUCAAAGUCAUUGCUUACAGUCCGCUGGCAAACAUGAAUCCGACGUAUAAAAAUAAACAUUCGGAUCUGCCCAAAAUCUUGGAUGACCCGUUUUGGAAGGACGUGGCAAGCCGCAAAAACGUCACGGUCGCCCAGGCCGUUCUCGGCUGGGGCAUCCAGCGAGGCACGAUUGUGAUCCCCAAGAGUGUCCAUGAGAAAUAUAUUUUUGAAAAUAUCGCCGCCGUCAAUGUCACGUUUACAAAGGAUGAAAUGACCGACAUCGCCGCCCAGGACAAGAGGUCCCGGUUUAAUAAUCCCAGCAAGAAUUGGGGUGUUGAUCUGUUUGAGGAUCUGGACGAUGGUGCCACUCCUCGGCUUUGGAUGGAAGAGUUGUAAAAGAGACGAAGCAUGGUAGCAUUACUAGAAAUCAUUCGAGUGUAAACGAAUUAGACAAUGCAGGAAAAGGAUGUUGUGCUAUAAGACUGUUGCUCCGGGUAUCUGAUGCGCCGGUUAAUGCGAUAACUCCCUCCACACCAGGUAAAGACGCUGAACUGUACCUUUGGCCUGCCUUUGCCUGUUUCGCUCGGCUCCGCUACGUAUUAUUAUGACUC